AUGAGUCAAUCACCUGUCAAGAAGGAGCCAGGCAUCAAGCAGGAGAAUGCCUCGCCUCAGAUGCUGCCUGCUCCUCGCCCUGCAGCGGGUGGAGAUUGGAAUAUGAUACCUUUAAAAGCCUGCAAUCAAGACGAGUUGCAAGAUACCAGAAACCACAUUAUGAAGUUUCAGACGAAGCAAGAUGUGGAUAUAUUGAAGAACUUUAACAAACCUGUUAGAUUGCAUAGGAAGGAUCCCCAUAACAUACAGUUUCAGUUGACAAGAGAGGAGAUUGAUCGCAGAAAGAGAGAAAGCAAAGAACAAGGCACCAAGCUACUGCCUGGCCCUGAAGAAGUUGUGCUAGAUGAAAAUGGUAACCCGACUCCUACAAAGAUGGACAUGUCACAAGUUGCCCCUGAUGGAGGUGCGCGUAAGCACCGCAGGAACAUGUUUAAACGUAAAACUAAGCAAGUCCAUAUGAUGGACGAACAGAAGAGAAAGCUUCGGUAUGAAGAGUAUUACCCCUGGGUCAUCGAAGACUACGACGGCAAAAAUGUUUUUGUCGGAAACUAUGAAGGUGGCCUGACAGAAAGUACUCACGUUCUAUUCGUCUUUGAUAAAGACGGCUUCAAAAUGGUUCCCGCAGAGAAAGUGUACCGUUUUACUCCAAGAAAUAAAUACGCAACUUUGACCUUGGAAGAAGCUGAGGCGAAAAUGGAAAAGAACCAAUCAGCUCCUCGUUGGCUCAUGAAACACAUGGACGAAGGUGAGAGUUCAGACCGUAGGUUUCGCCGCAACGGCGCCACGAACCAGUUCGGUUCUCCUGUGAACCCUUCAGCACGCAGUGCUUCAGGAAACUCACGUAUGCGGACUGUUCAAGGAGGCUCUUCAUUAAAUGAGCGUGAUUCUGAUCAUGACGAAUUAGAUUUUGACGAAGAAUUUGCCGAUGAUGAAGAGGCUCCAAUUAUGGAUGGUGCGGAAGAAGACAAUAAGUUAUCUGAAAAGAAGAUGAAAAAAGAAAUGUUGAAGGCUGCUCACUUGGGAGGUCAACUGGAUCCCGAUGAUAGUGACGAUGAAAUCAAUGACCUAUUUGAAGUGGAGAAAUCGAGAAAGGUCGAUAAAGAGGGUAAGAAGUUGAAGAAGGUUUUGCACAAAACUGAGGGUGGAGUUUACGACAGUGAUGAUAACGAAGUUCAAAAUCCAUAUGUUUCGCAGUCAGAUUUGGAGAGUGAAGACGAAUCUGAGCCCGAGGUUACUGUUAAACCGGAACCUCAAGAUGGUUUACAACCCGAGGAAACCGUCAACAGACCAAGAACGAUGUUUGUGACAAGCGUCAAUGAUGGAUUUGUCGUGAUUCGUGCUUCCAAGCAGUUCUUACAAGGUUUCCAACCUGGUGAAUGGAAUCCUCAUAUUCGUAAACGUGCUCGCUCAAUCGAGGCACAAACCUCGUCUAAGAAACCUAAAAGAGAUGACUCCCCUAAUGCCAAAAGUGCAAGUGCCCUGCCAGUUCCAGAGGCUCCCGGUGGAACGAGCUUGGAAGACGCUGGUCCUAACGGAGAGCUAGUCACGACUAAGGAGGUAUUGGACAUUGUCCGUAACCAGCCUUUAGCAACGAAAGAGCUUUUAUUGAAAUUGAAGCAUAGAAUUAGUAUGCACAAGGACAAUAAGCUACGUAUUAUCAGCAUUGUUAAAUCAAAUCUCAAGUUGGUCGAGGGUCAACUUCGCUUGAAGGACGAAUAA